AUGAGGGUUUGCGUGCUGUGCCGGCAUGCGCUAGUGUUGGUGGGCAACAAAUGGACGGCAGAUGCCCUGUCCGAGAUUGGAGUCUCCACCCAAGGCUGGUCUCAUGUGGGCACCGGGAUUGCGAGUGCGCUCAAGAGCGAAAUUGAUGUUGUGAUGAGCAACGUCUCCGUGACAUUGUUGAACAGCUUAGAUCAUGUGAUGGCAGCACAGGGCAACCUGGAGAUGGUGCUGUCCAUGGUUGGCAAUGAAACCGACAAGGCCAUUGCCAAGCAACCCGAACUUCUGUUGCUACAAGAGCAUGGCCCUGAAAAAGGACACCACGGAAAACAGCGACUGGAUGAGUUGCCGUUACUGGCACCCCUUGCCGUUGCCUAA